CCCUCCCCGCACAGCUUUCGCUUCUCUUUGCAGCCUGCUCCUGCACCCGACCGGCCGAGGACCCCGGACAGCAGAGGCCCUGGGACGACCGAGCUGAUGGCGUCUUCGACCCCUUCUUCGUCCGCAACCUCCUCGAACGCGGGACCGGACCCCAAUACUACCAACCUGCGCCCCACAACCUAUGACACCUGGUGUGGCGUGGCCCAUGGAUGCACCAGAAAACUAGGGCUGAAGAUCUGCGGCUUCCUGCAAAGGACCAACAGCCUGGAAGAGAAGAGCAGGCUUGUGAGCGCCUUCAAGGAGAGGCAGUCCUCCAAGAACCUACUGUCCUGUGAAAACAGCGACAGGGAUGGCCGCUUCCGGCGCACAGAGACCGACUUCUCCAACCUGUUCGCUCGAGAUCUGCUUCCAGCUAAGAACGGGGAGGAGCAGACCGUGCAGUUCCUACUGGAGGUGGUGGACAUACUCCUCAACUAUGUCCGCAAGACAUUCGACCGCUCCACCAAGGUGCUGGACUUCCAUCACCCGCACCAGCUGCUGGAAGGCAUGGAGGGCUUCAACUUGGAACUCUCUGACCACCCCGAGUCCCUGGAGCAGAUCCUGGUUGACUGCAGAGACACCCUGAAAUAUGGGGUCCGCACAGGUCAUCCUCGAUUUUUCAACCAGCUCUCCACUGGACUGGAUAUCAUUGGUUUAGCCGGCGAGUGGCUGACAUCAACUGCCAAUACCAAUAUGUUUACUUAUGAAAUUGCACCAGUGUUUGUCCUCAUGGAACAAAUAACACUUAAGAAGAUGAGAGAGAUAGUUGGAUGGUCAAAUAAGGAUGGUGAUGGGAUAUUUUCUCCUGGGGGAGCCAUCUCCAACAUGUACAGCAUCAUGGCUGCUCGCUACAAGUACUUCCCGGAAGUUAAGACCAAGGGCAUGGCAGCGGUGCCCAAGCUGGUCCUCUUCACCUCAGAACACAGUCACUAUUCCAUAAAGAAGGCUGGGGCUGCCCUUGGCUUUGGAACUGACAAUGUGAUUUUGAUAAAGUGCAAUGAAAGGGGGAAGAUAAUUCCAGCUGACUUAGAGGCAAAAAUUCUUGAAGCCAAGCAAAAGGGAUAUAUUCCUCUGUAUGUCAAUGCAACCGCUGGCACAACUGUUUAUGGCGCUUUUGAUCCGAUACAGGAGAUUGCAGAUAUAUGUGAGAAAUAUAACCUUUGGCUGCAUGUCGAUGCUGCCUGGGGUGGCGGGCUGCUCAUGUCCAGGAAGCACCGCCACAAACUCAGUGGCAUAGAAAGGGCUGACUCGGUCACCUGGAACCCUCACAAGAUGAUGGGCGUGCUGUUGCAGUGCUCUGCCAUCCUCGUCAAGGAAAAGGGUAUCCUGCAAGGAUGCAACCAGAUGUGUGCGGGGUACCUCUUCCAGCCGGACAAGCAGUAUGAUGUCUCCUACGACACUGGGGACAAGGCCAUUCAGUGUGGCCGCCAUGUGGACAUCUUCAAGUUCUGGCUGAUGUGGAAAGCAAAGGGCACAGUGGGAUUUGAAAAUCAGAUCAACAAAUGCUUGGAGCUGGCGGAAUACCUCUAUGCCAAGAUUAAAAACAGAGAAGAAUUUGAGAUGGUUUUCGAUGGUGAGCCUGAGCAUACGAACGUCUGUUUCUGGUAUAUUCCACAAAGCCUCAGGGGUGUUCCAGAUAGCCCUGAGCGACGGGAGAAACUACACAGGGUGGCCCCCAAAAUCAAAGCCCUGAUGAUGGAGUCUGGCACAACCAUGGUUGGCUACCAGCCUCAGGGGGACAAGGCCAACUUCUUCCGGAUGGUCAUCUCCAACCCCGCCGCUACUCAGUCUGACAUCGACUUCCUCAUCGAGGAGAUAGAGAGACUGGGCCAGGAUCUGUAAUCACCACCCACAGAACCCGCGUAUCUGAGAAUCCCCUUCUUCCCCCCUGGCGCUCUAGAUCAACCUCUCCAUGUCAUUGAAACACAUAGGCCAUUUCGUUGAGGGAAAACAUCCUGUCUUGAAGAAUCCUGUUAAAACCUUGCUUACGCUUGUUAGAGUUAGAGGAAAUCAUGUUCUUUUUAAAAAGUUGCACAUUUAGGAACUCAGUAUAUAUGUACAGUUAUACAUACCUCUCUCUAUAAAUAAUCUGUAUGUAUAGUGAGUGUGGCUUAGUAACAGAUCACAGCAUGUCUCCCACUCCAAGGGAAGUCACUUUACCUUCAGCGGUUACUGAGGGGCCAAACGCGCUGCAAACCACCUUGCCCGACAACCCCAGGAAAGGUGUGUUUUCCAAAAGCCGUGUGUCCGGGACCAAGGGCAAUGCUGUUGGCAGGAGCCGAUCUCAUUGUCCGUAUUUCUCCCACCCGAAGUGGUGAUGGAUGAGAAAAAGCACCCCUGGGUGACAAGAGGCCCGCCCUCCCCAUUAGGAUCCUGUUAGGGGAAAACAGUAGCAGAGUCGUUGUUAGAGGUGUACUAUUGCUGUAUUUUUAGGGAUUAAUUUGUGUGGGGUGGAGAACACAUUUAAUGCUUUCCCUGACCGUUUAACUAUAGGUAAAUGAAAUAUUUGCUUAUUUAUAUUCAGAGAUUUACCAUGUCAAAGAGGCGUCUUGUAUUUUCUUCUCAUUUGUAAUGUAUCUUAUUUAUAUAUUAACGCAGUAAGUUCUGGAAACUGUUUAUGGUAUUUUCGUGCACUUGUGAGCCAAAGAGAAAGAUGAAAAUUAGUGAGACUUGUAUUUAUAUUAGAGUGCCCUUAAAAUAAUAAUUUAAGCAUAAGUUUACUGUCUGUAAGAGAGCUCUGAUUUUGUACAUAAUGUCAUAUAUAUGGAAAUCCCACACUUGCAUAGCAUCUGCUCUUCUAUUACUCUCUCUGUCUGGCCGUAUGUCUGGUGUUCUCUAUGCUUUUUAGUAACCAUUAGAUGUAACUAGAUCUCCUGUAAUUUUGUAGUAGUUCAUGACCAAUCCCUGUGACUCGCUUAGCUCAAACCUAAGGCAAUGUUUCCGAAGACCUUCUGAAGAUCUCAGAUAAACUGACCAGGCUCACAACUGUUUUUGAAGAAAGGAAAUUCACACUGUGCAUU